GUCGUAUUUUCAUGCAGUCUUAAACACAUUCCCUAAUAUAAUAUAUAUUUGACGUUAUCGUCUAUCAUCCCGACUUCGCAAACCCGCUUAGACUUGCACUUGCUGCCUGGUUUUUCGAGUUCCGUAUAUCGGUUAAGACUUGCCGUCUCAAUCCCCAGCGUUGAGAAAAUAAAAAUCCGGUAAUGAUAGCACCUCCCAUUGGAGCAACUACCUGCCUUAAAAUUCUCCGGGAAUAACACCAAUGGGAGUAAUCGCCGUACCAAAUCACGGGAAUAAUCGUUAAGAAACUUAGAUAGCCACUUACCUCAUGCAGCAAUAUCCACUUUCCGUAUACUGAACCUUGUUAGGGACCGCCGAACGGGGGGGGAAUAAGUAAGUAAUGGGUACGACUUAGGUUUUGUAAAAGUUCUCCUAUCCUAUUCUCACCGCCGCUGGUUGUGUUGAUGUAAUUGAACUUGUGAUAUCGUGGCAAUGACUGACAGUGAGAAACCACCGAUAACAGCAUCAAAAGAUCAUGAUGAUGAGAUACGAGAUCCGCCUUUUGAAGAAGAGGAAUUAACAUCCCAGACGCUUCGCCAAAGUAGAGCUCAUACCCAAUUAGGAGACACAGACGAUGACGAGGACACUCCCGGCUCUGAAGAUGGCGCCGAAGAAGAAGACGAGCCUCGAGACCUCGAAACGCUCUCGCGAGUGUCUAGCGGUCCACCUUACAGCGUCUUUUCACCCUCCAUGAUACGAUGGAUAGUCUUCAUGAAUUGUAUCUCGGCUUUCAUAUCGCCCAUUACGGCGAACAUCUAUUUCCCGGCCAUCCCGGCCCUAUCGCAAGACCUCGGGGUCUCCGUUGCCCAGAUCAAUUUGACGCUGACAACUUAUAUGAUCUUUCAGGGCUUGGCCCCUACCUUCUUCGGCGAUUUCGCCGACGUCGCCGGAAGACGGCCGGCUUUUAUUAUUGCCUUCACCAUUUACCUUGGCGCAAACAUUGGGUUAGCCCUGCAGCGGAAUUAUGCGGCGUUGCUGGUCCUUCGAAUGUUACAAAGCGGCGGAAGUAGUGGUACGCUUGCCCUCGUUUAUGCGGUGGUCGCGGAUAUCGCCCCGACCUCCGAACGAGGGAAAUAUAUGGGCAUCGUCGGGGCAGGUUUAACGAUAGGACCUGCCCUCGGUCCGAUCAUUGGCGGGUUAUUAUCCCAAUACCUCGGAUGGCCAGCUAUAUUCUGGUUCUUAUGCAUUCUUGCCGUUGUAUGGAUGGUACCUUAUGUAUUGGCGGUCCCGGAAACGGGGAGAAAGGUAGUAGGGAACGGAUCUAUUCCACCGCAGGGUUGGAAUAUGACACUUCUUGACUACAUCCGGUUCAGGCGCCAAGCUCGGAAUCAGCCAACCGGCCAGGUGAAGCAGAAGCUCCGGUUCCCCAACCCCUUCAACACUCUUGCUGUUAUAGGUAAUAAGGACAUGGCCAUGAUCUUAUUCUACAACGCUUCUCUCUAUAUAGGUUUCAUGCUCAUCACGUCCACUCUCGCUUCUCAGUUUGCCGACAUUUACCACUACAACGACAUCCAGUUAGGGUUAUGUUAUUUGCCGAUUGGUGGAGCAACCACGGUUUCGUCAAUCUGCAAUGGUUACAUGAUAGACUGGAAUUUUCGACGUAUAGCUAAAAAGUUAGGAGUCAACAUCGACCGGAAGCGUGGAAAUGACCUCAAAGGAUUCCCCAUCGAAAAAGCCCGUCUCCAACUGGUUUACCCGCUAGUUAUCAUUGGAGCUUUAGUAUACAUCGGCUUCGGCUGGGCGCUGCAUUACGAGGUCCACGUAGCUGUUCCUUUAGUACUAUCCUUUUUUAUCGGGUUAUGCGUCACCGGUCCUUUCCAGAUCAUAAACGUUCUGAUCGUUGAUCUAUACCCGGGAGCCCCAGCAACUGCGACUGCUGCGAACAACCUAUGUCGGUGCCUGUCUGGUGCCGUAGCAACGGCAGUAAUACAAUACAUAAUCGACGCCUGGGGGAGGGGGUGGGCUUAUACGUUCAUUGCUCUUAUAUUUACAUCUUUCUCGCCCGCUCUUUGGGUUAUUCAGAAGUACGGGCCUAGGUGGAGAGAAGAGCGCGUAGAGAAGAUGAGGAAAGCCGUAGAGAAGAAGGAGAUAGAAGCUAAAGAGAAGGAAAGCGUUUCAGCUGAGCAGAAUAACGGUGUCCUUUCAGGGUCUCAACCUUCAUCCGGUUGAGCCUCGUUGGCAUCAUUUGCUUUAGACUAUGAACAUAUAUUGUAGGCGACUUGUAGUUAGAGGAAUUGGCGGUUAUACCUGCCAUAAAACAUAGAAGUCUUAAGUAAUAGCGUAGCGAUAUAUAUAUAUAUAUAUAUAAUAAGUUAACUUAA